GAGCCUCCCCCCGGGCCAUGGCGCCGCGCCCUCCCCAGCCGCCGCCGCGCCCGCCGCGCGCUCAGCCCCGCCCUCCGCCGGCCGCAGUGUGACGGAGCCGGGCAGCCAUGAGCGCCAACCCCCAGUGGGACAUCAGCAGGGCGCUGGGGGUGGCCAGGCUCUUCCACCUGGUGUGUGGAGUCCGGGAUGGCUGCGUGACCCCGUUCCUGACCCUCUACCUGAGGCAGCUGGGCUUGGCCGCGCCCUGGGUGGGCAUCCUAAUGGGAACCAAGCACCUGAUCGCAGCCUUCUGGGCUCCCGUCUGUGCCUUCCUGGCCAAAAGCUACCAGAAAAGGAGGGCACUUCUGAUAGGCUCGCUGCUUGGCUCGGCGGGAGCCAGCCUGUUGAUGGUCCUGGUGCCGCAGGUGGACAAGGAUCUGGUGCACCGCUCCUGUAAUGGAAGCCACAGCGUGACCACCACAGUCCCACCACCGGGGGUCGCACUAACCGUGACCGUCACCUCGGCCCAGGAGCCGGCCUCAAACCACCCAACGGGGGCGCCCAGCCUCCCAGCCGAGAUGAGUACUAUUGGGAUCGGGGAAGCCUCUGGCUUCAGAAAAGGACCUGGGGAAAGUGCCCAAGAACCUUUCACUCAUCUGCCAGGUUACUCUGUGGGCUCCGUUGAAGGAGCCAGGAUCACAUCCCGAGUUCUCCUCCAUCCUAUCUCUUCAGGGGUGAACAGUACUCCCUGGGAAGGGUCUUUUAAGGUGGGCAGUACUGCCCUCCCUCUGCUUGCUGGGAGGACAGCGCUGGGAAGUCCAGCCAACUCGUCGGCAGCCAAGGGGACUGCCCGGGCCCUCGACCUCUCCUUGGAAGGGUUGCAGUGGACGUUCUUCCUCUCCUUGGGGUUCAUGGUGUUCUGGGAGCUGCUGACAGCCCCUCUGGAGCAGGUGGCGGAUGACAGCCUUUAUGAAUACCUGGAUUUUGUGGACGCCACUGACCGUUACAGAAGCCUGUGGAUCUGGAAGAUGCUGGGCAUGUCGGCAGGCGUGUGUGGCAUCGCAGCCUUGGUGGGGCAGCUGGACUGCUUCCUGACGACAAAUGGCCCCCGGGGUGUGGUGCACUUCUACGGCUACUCGCUGGUCAGCACCCUGGCUUUACUGGCGAGCACUGCCUUUCCCAUCCCCAUCUGCAGGCGGCGGGAGCCCAGCUACAAAACCAUCAAAGCACUGUCUCUGGUAGGGGGCGACCCCCACCUUGUUCUCCUAGCCUUCACCGUCUUUCUGAUAGGAGCCGCCACCAGCACGGUGCAGAAUUUUCUGUUCUGGCACAUGGAGGACCACGGCAGCAGUGAGCUGGUUAUGGGUUUCUCAGUCGCCCUGGGCUGGCUGGGGGAAAUUCUACUUCAUCCGUUCAAAACUACAUUGCUUAGGAAACUGUCCAGGGUGGGCACGGUGGGGCUGGGGCUGGGCUGCCUUGUGGGGCAGCUGCUUUACUACUCUUUCCUCUGGAGCUGGUGGUCCGUCCUCCCUGCUCAGGUCUUGAGUGCCAUCAGUGGUGGGGCUCUGUGGUGGGCAGUGAGGGCCUCAGUAGAGGACCUGGCCACUCCCGGAACAGAGAGACCUCUGAGCGCCAUGUUCCGAGGCCACUUUUAUGGGGGCGGGUCCAGCCUGGGCAACUUUGUGGGGGGCUUCGUGGUGAUGCGCUUCAGCCUGGCUGCGCUCUACCAGGCCUGCGGCGUGGUCCUGUUGCUCUGGCUGGCCUUGUUCCUGUCCCUCCAGCCGAGACUGCCCCAAGAGCGGAAAAUCAACUACUCGAGGCUGCUGGCCGUGGAGGCAAGUGACACGAGUGACUCCGAGCAGGAGACCGAACGGGACUGGCUGGUGAAGGCCAUGAGCGAGGAACACUCAGACUGGAAGGGCUGAGAGCAAGUCAAGAUGCGUUGAUCUGGGAAGGACCCAAAGGACUGGACGAAGCUCAGCCCGCUGAGAACGAAAUCCACGAGGCCUGCCGGGGCUGCAGGGAGCCUGGGAGAGAGAAAGCACGUCUGUGCCGAGCCCCACAGGAUCAUCUCAUUGCAUGAUUUUCUUUACUUUUAUAGUAAAAGGAGACUUAACUUUUUGCUGUUCAAUCUUUUUUAAAUGAUGGAGGAAGAAUACAUUUGCUAAAAAACAAAAAAAGUUCCCCUUGUCUUCACUAUAUUUUGGUCUAUGAGGUUUGCGAGAGCUUUCCUA